GAGCAAUUGUCAAUACUACUGACCUGGGACUGAUGCGUUUGCUUCCUUGUAUUUACUAAUGAAUUUGCAAUGCAUUUCCCAGGCAAAUAAGACACAAAUAAUUUCCAGAAUGGGAAGGGGGGAAAUCAAUGAGUAAAAAAUUCUCUACAGAGAGAGAGAGAAAGAGCGCAGCCAGAUGUACACAUAAAUCAUAAAGUAGUAAGUAGGGGUUUUUUAUGUUGACAUCAAACCUUGACAUCACAUGUGGCCAAGGAUGCUGUAGCAACUGCAACUGCGUUGUCAAGGAAACAGCCCUGUGCUAAGCAGGCAAGACCAAUGAGGAUUAAGCAUUGCUAGAUUCUAGCUAAGCCUCAGUGACCUUAUCAGAGCACAACACAAUCUAUCUGAUAUAUACUAUGCAGGUAUUCCUCUGGAAGGUGGAAGCUAUCUGCAAACUAGACAAACAACCUUGUGCUGUGUACUUAACUGAAAUGUUGAAGGUGGAUUAUUCAAACAGUUGACUCGUUUCCCAGCUGAGAUGGACACUUUCUGUAGUCAUCUGAUUUGGCAGGCCCCCCGUGAAAAAUCUGAAGAUGAACAAGCACAUUAAUCCGUGAGCUUUCCUUCCUUCCUGGAGGUGGUGGAAGAGGAAAGGAGGAAGGUGAGGCCUACUUGAGGCUAGAGAUGUCACCAUCAGGUGCACUGAUUCUGCUGCUUGCUCUAAACACAUGGCUUGUUAACGGUCAGUCACUUCCUGGAAGGCCUACAGUAAGGAGUUGCCGAACUUCAGGAAAUGAAACAUUUACUUGCUGGUGGAAAGCUGAUUCAGAUGGUGGACUUCCUACAAAUUACACUCUGCUGUACAGCACAGAAGGAGGAAAGCAUGCCUUUGAAUGUCCAGACUAUAAAACCGGGGGCCCCAGUUCAUGUUAUUUUGAUAAGAGCAUCACCAAACUUUGGAAAACGUACAAUAUCACAGUGAAGGCUACCAAUGGCAUGGGAAGUAAUGUCUCCGACCCUCAUUAUGUGGAUGUUCAAAACCUAGCUAAUGUCAGCCCUCCCACAGACCUAUCUCUGGAAGUCAAACAGCUGAAAGAGAGAACGUAUGUGUGGGCAAAAUGGUCGCUGCCUCAAUCGGUUGAUGAUGGAACAAGAGGGCAAAUAUGCAACUAUGAACUGCGAUUGAGGCCUACAGGAGAGAAAGAAUGGGAGACUCAUUUUGUUGGAGAGCAAACACAGUAUGAAAUAUCCCAGCUGCACCCAGCAGUGAAAUAUACUUUUCAGGUUCGCUGUAUAACAGAACAUAGUGAAAGGAGUGAAUGGAGCCCGGAAACUUACCUCCAGCUCCACAGUGGCCAACCUCCAGGGAAACCAGAGUUAAUAAGAUGUCGCUCACCUGAGAAAGAAACCUUUACUUGCUGGUGGAAGCCCAGUUCUGAUGGAGGUCUGCCGAGCAAUUACACUCUGUUCUAUAACAAGGAAGGAGACAAGGCAUACUAUGAAUGCCCAGACUACACAACAGCGGGACCCAACUCCUGUCAUUUUGAUAAAAAACAUACUUCGCUUUGGAUGACAUACAACUUUACCAUAACAGCGACUAAUGAGAUGGGGAGUAUUUCAUCACAGCCAUAUUAUGUGGAUGUGGCUAAUAUAGUUCAGCCAGACCCUCCCGAAAACCUUUCCCUGGAAUUUGAGAAAAAAGUAUAUGGAAAAUAUCUGUUGUUGAACUGGUCUCCACCUUCUCUGGGUGACAUCAGAUCUGGUUGGCUAACCCUCGAAUAUGAGUUACAUAUCAAGCCUGAAGGGGGACAAGAAUGGGAGAAAAUAUUUGUUGGUCAGAGAACAACAUAUAAGAUGUUCAGUGUAAAUCCAGGAGAAAGGUAUGUUGCAAAAGUUCGCUGCAGAUCAGAUCAUGGAACGUGGAGCGACUGGAGCCCUGAAAGUUUUAUUAAGCUCCGAAAAGAGUUCAGACUGAAGGAUAUGCUUGUUUGGAUCUUCGUGGCUUUUUUAUCAUUUGUCGUAUGUUUGAUCAUGAUCUGGACACUGGCUUUGAAAAAAAUUAACAUGGUGGCUUGCCUUCUACCACCAGUCCCAGGACCAAAGAUAAAAGGCUUUGAUGCCCAGCUACUAGAAGCAGGGAAAACGGAAGAAUUGCUGAGUGCUCUUGGCUGCCAGGGAUUUCCUCCAACACCGGGCUAUGAGGACCUGCUGGUAGAAUUUUUGGAGAUAGAUGACAGCGAAGACCAGCAGCUAAUGCCAAGCACCGAAAAGAGCCACCCCAAUAAAAAUGUGAAGCUGGCGCACCAGGAAACAGACAGCGACUCGGGAAGAGGAAGCUGCGAAAGCCCUUCUCUGUUGACAGAGAAGCGUAAGGAAGCCCAAAACCCGCUCUUGGAAUUGAAAACACCAGAUACCUAUGGGGUGCAAAACGCUCAUAGGAACAGCAUGCAGGAGUCACCAAAGGGGGGCGCUGAAGGUCAGCUCCCCUGGAUUAACAGUGGUGAACCUAGGCCAUCCACGUGGUGUGGAGGUCAGCUCCCUAGCUGUCAGACGUCUAAAUGUUCCUACCAUGACACAGUGGAUGUAUGUAAAAGAGCAAGCAGUGCCAUGAAUAUAAACAGGAAGGGGAAUGAGGAAGGAAAGUGUUGUUCGCAAUAUCCUGAACUCAUUGAGACUCUUGGCGAAAGAAAACCAGCCAAAUUGGAGAAAGCAGUGGAUCUACUCUCAAAUGCUCAGCACGGCCAAGCGGGGUUGUGGCUACUCCCACCAGAAAGGCCGCCAUUCUCGUCUACAAAACCCGCAGAUUACGUGGAAGUUCACAAAGUCAACCACGAUGGAGCUCUGGCUGUACUACCAAAGCAGAAAGAAACUGUAGGCAAAAAGGAAAGGCCUUUUGUCCCUGGGGAUACGAAUGAAUACACCAAGGUUUCAACCAUUGUAUCCAACCGUAUUCUGGUGUUGUUCCCAGACCCCAAAGCGGAGGCUUUGCCUUCCUUUCAGGAGCCACUGAAAGAGCUCGCCCAGAGUUGUCAGCAGAGCCAAGCAGAAUUAAAUUUCAGCUACUGUCUCACAGGUCCAAGCACCUGCAAAGUACAGACUGGCGGGCUAGACUACAUGGAUCCAAAUAAUUUUAUGUGCCCCUUUAACUGAAAAGUUAGCCAUCCUUCUACAGGUAACAACACUACAAGUAAAAUAAACAGUGUUGGCACAAAACUGCUCACAUGUCUGGUUUAGCUCAGUUGUAGCUCAUGCCUUCUUUCGCUUUAUAGCCAAUCACUUAAGAACAUGUUGGUUGCAGAUCAAUUUUUCCCCCUACCUGUGAUUUUUAGUUCUUUUUGUGAAGAGGGAUUUACAGAAAAGUAAAAGUUUGUGGCAUCGUUUUGAAAACGCAAGCAUCCAUUUCUGGUAAUACAUUCCAAAAAAACAAGGAGGGAUUGGUGUGUUGAUGUUACAAAAGCAACCCUGAGAUCAUCACCAAAUGAUGCUGGUUAAGAGACGCAGGCUGAGCUUAUAAAAUAUUGUCCAAAAAAUUAUAUUGGUAAUCAGACUCUUGAACAACACUGGAAGUGUCCAACCUGUUUUUGGCAACUGUGUGUCACACAGUGCAAGUACAAUAUAUGAGACGGUGUCUGCUGCAGUGUGUGGACUACAGUGUGAACAACCCAUCAUACCUAAUUUGUGUACAGGUCCUCGAGUUUGAGCCAUUGUGCGCAUCUCAGGGACUGGCAGGACACUGAUGAGUGUGCUUCGGGGGGAGUGAGGCUGGAGUCUGGCUCAGGAGAGAGGGCCAGUGAUUUGUGGGGAACUGUACUGGACAGAAGGCAAGAGUUGGAGGCAGGGGAAGCUUCAGGUGGAGCACAGGAUGGGUUGGAAGGAGAGGAGGAAGAGGCAGGUCAGGCAAGUGAGAGGCCAGGUGCUUCCCCACCACUGUCUCCCAGACCCAGGAGGGGACUGAAGAGGGAUGAGCAGAGGAUAGGCAUAGUCUAUGGCUGCAUGCAUGCAGCCUUUUGGGGAAAGUACAUAAACUGGUGGAGGUGGAGUGGUCCCCUGUUGCUGCAACUUCUUAGAGCCAGCAUGGUGUAGUGGUUAAGAGCGGUGGACUCGUAAUCUGGUGAACCGGGUUCGCGUCUCCGCUCCUCCACAUGCAGCUGCUGGGUGACCUUGGGCCAGUCACACUUCUUUGAAGUCUCUCAGCCCCACUCACCUCACAGAGUGUUUGUUGUGGGGGAGGAAGGGAAAGGAGAAUGUUAGCCGCUUUGAGACUCCUUCGGGUAGUGAUAAAGUGGGAUAUCAAAUCCAAACUCCUCCUCCUCCUCCUCCUCCUCCUCCUCUUCUUCUUCUUCUUCUUCUUCUUCUUCAUAGACCAUGGACCUGGGAACAGCCGCCUAGACACUAAAUUGGCGUGGGAGGUAUUCAGAGCCAUAGAAAUGACUUUUAUGUUUGACGACAAAGAGUUAACUAUCGGCUGUGUGCACUGGGGAGUACCCUGAAUGGAACAGGCAGGAGAAAUGGGCAGGCCUCACUCUGUGCCAUAGCUAAGCCCAGGAGCAUUCCUGUCCAGACUGCCUCAGGCCCCUACAGUCUGUGCUGCUUGUGGCAUCUGUGCUGAAGCUGGCUCCAGCUUUGAGGGAGUCCUCAUCAUGGAGGUUGCUGGUGGGCCUUUACAGAUGUAUGUUGGGGGCGGGGUCGAGGAGGCAGUGCUCCACCAAUGAGUACCAUUGUCAUCACCCACAGAGCAACAUAGCAAUGCUGGGCCUGAUCUAUGCCAUAGGCUGGACAGCUGAAAAUGAGAUACUUUGCUGUUGCCUGAGGAAAACUAGCCAAAUACAUCAAAUUCAAUGAAAAGUAAACACCCAAAUGAAAAACUUAAUGGAUUGCAUUAUUAUUCCAUUUUUUUGGCACUAGCAAAAAAUCCAUCAAUCAAAAUUAUUUCAUGUUCUGCAAUGUAUUUUAAAUAAGUUUUAAAGGCUAGUACAGUUUUUAUAAUAUAUUUUUCUUUGCCUUCCCCCCCUUUCUUUUAAAAACCCACUUUUCAGGAUGUUAAAAAUUGUGCGUGUGUGUGUGUGUGAGUGUGUGUGUGUGUGUGUGUGUGAGAGAGAGAGAGAGAGAGAGAGAGAGAGAGAGAGAGAGAGAGAUCUAAUAUAUUGAAGGCAUUAGCCAGAGUUAUCUUUUUUAUAUGUUUUUCUGCUUUUAGUGCAGCAAUUGGGAAUCUGUGGUUCUCUGGAUAUUGCCAAACUCUUGAUUCCCAUCAGACCCUACCAGCACGGCCAAUGGUCAGGGAUGACAUGAGUUGGAGUCCAACAACUUCUGGAGGGCCACUGGCUUCCCACUCCUCUUUUACUGCGAUGAAUUAUUUGCUGUGCGAGUUCCUCAAAGUUUAAAAGAAACUCCAUUAGCACCAGUAGCAUUACUUACAGGUAUUCCAACAUUUAGGGGAGAGGAGAAAUCUGAAUGAAUCAUAGCAUUGUAGAAACAUAGAAUUGUAGAGUUGGAAGGGACCCUGAGGAUCAUGUUGUAGCCCAACCCCAUGCAAUGCAGGAAUCUCAACUAAAGCAUCCAUAACAGGUGGCUCUGCUUAAAAACCUGCAAGGAAGGAGAGUCAUCCACCUUCUGAGGGAGUCCGUUCCACUGUCGAACAGCUCUUACUGCCAGAAAGUUCUUCCUGAUGUUUAGUUGGAAUCUCCUUUCUUGUAACUUGAAUUCAUUGGUUUGGGUCCUAUCCUCUGGAGCAGCACAAAACCAGCUUGCUCCAUCUUCCGUGAGACAGACCUUGAGAUAUUUGAAGAUGGCUGUCAAAUCUCCUCUCUGUCUUUUCAUGUACUACUGGCAAGCCAGGUAUCUCCACCUUAUAUUUGUGCAGCAGGUUCUUCCUGCCUAAGUGUACCUUUGUCCACUUGUAAUUUGUCAAUUUGUAAUUCAUCCCAGUUUGGUGUCAUCUGCAAAUUUGAUGAACAUCCCCACAAUACCUUCAUCCAAGUAUAUUUUUAAGUAGACAAUGUUGAGACUUGCAGUUCACUAAAGGUCCUGUUGAAAUAGACAAAUUUAUUCAAUAUGGCACAUAAAGGUUUAGCAAACAGGUAUCUCCCAGCUCCUGCCCACCUAGCAGUUCAAAAGCACGUCAAGUGCAAGUAGAUAAAUAGGUACCACUCCGGCGGGGAGGUAAACAGCAUUUCCAUGCGCUGCUCUGGUUCUCCAGAAGCGGCUGUCAUGCUGCUACAUGACCCGGAAGCUGUCUGUGGACAAAAGCCGGCGAGAUGAGCGCGCAACCCCAGAGUCGUCCGUGACUGGACCUAACGGUCAGGGGUACCUUUACCUCCCUUUGAACUAUACAUUUUAUAUGAAUAAAAUAUCUACUUUAGUUCUGCACUAUUGCUGACAGUUGCAUUUGUGCUUUUUACAUUUUUAAUAAGGCAGGCAAUUAAUUUAUAUAACUAGCAGAAACCUAUAAGAGGCCCUGCACAAAUAUUUCUAUGUAAUUUUCUGAAUUAAAAUACUGUAAUAAUCUUUGGAGUUAAUGAUAUGCUAUGGUUACUGGGGGCACACACACCUCCAAAUUUUUGGAGUAUGCUAUUUGUGGUGCGAUAUGAUGUUCAAUGAAUAUUUUUGACACUUUAUUCAUAUAUCAAAUCUGUACCCCCCAGCAGACUGGUACUGAAGUAGCAAAUUCUGUCCUAACUUUGUUAACGUGCUUUUGUGUAACUUUGUUAAAGCUACACAUGCCUCGUUUUGUUGUCGUUCAUACAUGUAAUGACCAUUGGUUAAAACUCCAUCGGCAGCUUUUUCUAUGGUGACUUCUAAACUAUUCUGUAGAAACAGUUUGAGUUGAUAGAGUUUAAGUCACUUCCUUUGGCUGCAACCCCUAAGCGCAUUUAUUGAUAAGUGAGUCCCAUGGAACUCAGAGGAGAUGUAUUUCUACCUAGUAAAUGUGUUGUUUUUUUAUUGAGUUGAAAUAAUGCGAAUGUUGUGGAGGAAAACCAAAGCAACCUAAACCAGCUAAAUAAAUUUCUGCUGAAAAGCCAUAAAGUCAUGUUACAAUCAAGACAGCUGUGAAAGCACAAGGAUCCCCCCCCCCUUACAGGCAAAUCUACCUCAGGUUUUCUUUUCCCACUACGAGAGAGAAUGAGAAAGACGGUGAUACACCAAAUUGCCAAUUAAUGUAUUUUAAAAGGAGCAAAUUGAGCCCUUCGCAAUCACUUUGAUGUUUAAGGCGGAUGAUUUUUUAAAAUCGUUUGUUGUGCAUCCAUGACAAGCUUGUGUACGUAUGUAGCACUCUUCAGACAUUAUUUGUGCUUUCCCAACUUGCAUAUAUUUACUAAUGUAACUUGAAGCUUUGGAACUCUACAUUUUCAAACCGGAAUCCAUUCUUUG